AUGGAUCUCCAGAAGGUUCCAUGUGUCCUUCUUUUAUUCCAGGGUCACGUCUGCGCUUCACAUUCACUGUACAACUGUAUAAAGUCCCACAUCCUUCUCACUUACCUCUUUUCAGGGACGCUCCAGAAACCCAGUAUCUGGGCUGAGCCAGGCUCUGUGAUCACCUCAGGGAAUCCUGUGACAAUCUGGUGUGAGGGGACGAUGGAAACUCAAAUGUAUUUCCUGUAUAAAGAAGGAAGUCCAGCACCCUGGGGCAGAUUGACUGCACCAGUACCUGAUCACAAGGCCAAGUUUUCCAUCCCAUCCAUGAGAGAGUAUAAUGCAGGACGAUAUAGCUGUUACUGUUACAAUUCUGCUGGGUGGACACAGCAGAGUGACACCCUGGAGUUGGUGGUGACAGGUGUCUACAACAAACCCACCCUGUCUGCACUGCCAAACCCUGUUGUAGCCUUAGAGGGAUCUGUGACCCUUUCAUGUACCUCAAAUCAGAGAUAUGAUGGGUUUGUUUUAAUUAAGGAUGAGCAGUUCUACAGCUCCAUGGACUCACAAUAUGUAUAUGAUGGCCAGUCUUCAGCCAGAUUCCAAGUGGGUCCCAUCACUCUCAGAGAAAGAUGGAGUUUCAGAUGCUAUGGUUAUCACGCAAGCAAGCCUCAAGUGUGGUCAGAAGGAAGUGACAACCUGGAGCUUCUAGUCUCAGGUGAGGAAGCCCCAGGCUCCCUAUUGAAUGACAUUGAACUUGAAACAGUUUUCCCCAGGAGACCCUAAUGUGUGAUAAGUACAGGGAAGGACAGGUUCCUGAGCCUACAUAUACAGCAUGCAGAUUAGGGAGUCAAGAUACAGAAAGCGUUAAGGGAUGUUCUGAGAAGGGAGCCUGGCAGGGUCAGCAGAGAGAUGGAUGUUCAGAUGGUUCCAUG